GACCAUCGCGGUGCGGGGCAGCCAGCCCAGCUGGGAGCAGGACUUCAUGUUCGAGAUUAACCGCCUGGAUCUGGGGCUGACCGUGGAGGUGUGGAACAAAGGACUCAUCUGGGACACGAUGGUGGGCACCGUGUGGAUCCCGCUGCGGACCAUCCGCCAGUCCAACGAGGAGGGCCCUGGCGAGUGGCUGACGCUGGACUCCCAGGUGAUCAUGGCGGACAGUGAGAUCUGCGGCACCAAGGACCCCACCUGCCACUGCAUCCUCCUCGACACGCGCUUUGAGCUUCCCUUGGACAUCCCCGAGGAGGAGGCACGCUACUGGGCCAAGAAGCUGGAGCAGCUCAACGCCAUGCGGGACCAGGACGAGGACUCGCUCCGGGACGAGCAGGACAAGCCGCUGCCUGUCCCCAGCAACCAGUGCUGUAAGUACCUCUCGGCCUACGACGACCCGGACAGUGCCGUGGACGACCGUGACAGCGACUACCGCAGCGAAACCAGCAACAGCAUCCCACCGCCCUAUUACACGACGUCGCAGCCCAAUGCCUCGGUCCACCAGUAUUCUGUCCGCCCACCUCCCCUGGGCUCCCGAGAAUCUUACAGUGACUCCAUGCACAGCUAUGAGGAGUUCUCCGAGCCGCGGGCCCUCAGCUCCCUCACUCAGAUGCUCCUCGGAAGGUUUCUGUGGGCCUGA